AUGGCGGCUUUCACUGACACAAUGGACGUACAGUAUAUUUAAUACACAGUCUACUGAUGUUAGAAGGCAUUUUGGAGAAACUUAUAACGUUUGACAGAUAAUUUAGACAGAAGCAAAGAUACACUGUCCUCGAUUGAAAAAUAAAUCAUAAAACAUAACAUUUAAUGGUAAUUCUUAGAUAAAAAACACACACACCACUAAGUAAACCUAAAUAUGUGAACAAAAAAAGAAUUAGUGAGGGAACGUAACAAAGUAAUAAGGUCAGUAAUUAUAUAUAGGAAAACCUACAUAUGCCACGUAGGAUGCACAGCAUUGAACUGAAAUAAACAGGCUUUUAAAAAAUCCCAGCCUGAGUGGUCUCUGGGAGUAACUACAUUGUUAUAUCAAAAAGAAGAAGCAAAGGUGAAAUUGAAACCGUAUCAUAACCAGAGAAAGAUUUAACAGCAAUCAGAAAGCUGUAACGUUAUGAGAAAAAUACUGAGUAUCGCCUAAACAGUUAUUUGAAAUGUCAGGAGGAUAAAUAUAGUGUGACGGGCCGCCUGGCACCCCGACCGGGUACCUCCAUCAAUCGCUGCUUCCUAGCACUUGUGAGCACCAUAAGCACUGCACUGGAACACUAUAACCACCGCAGCCCCUUAGCCGCCGCAGCUUGGCUGGGGUCUCACCGUACCAUCUCACCCUGGACCAAACUCCUGGAUCCAACUCCCAGUGAGACAACCUCUCAUCCGAGAGAGUAUAGCAGAUAUAGCAGUGUAGCUCUUACAAGAGCUAGUGAUGAUAAUUCAAGGGAGUAUAAGAGUAUAGCAAUCCCCAGAGUGUGAAUAUAGCUCUCCAAUCCCCCAAACAUGAGCCUAGACUUCAUGAAGGGUAAAAGGAAUCUGUUUAAUGGCAGCCACAGCUGGCCUUAUAUGCAGGUACCCAUGCAAGGGCACCCCCCGUGGACCUGAGAGUAGACUACAGUAAAAAACAUACACACGAUUACAUUGGCUCUUGGGUCCAGGACACUCCCAUACAAAAUAGGUCAAUCCCUCCUCUGUACUGGAAGAUAAUUGAGUCAGCACUGUGUUAAACUUAAUUAUCUCCAGGCACAGAAAACAUACAUUUUUACAAAACCCCAAAAUACCUUUAAGAAUAUAUAAAACCCCCUGUUACAUCCCCUGAUAGCUACGAUCUGAGUGACCAACAAAUUCAAAAAUCUCCCAGAUCAGUUCAGGGGUUCAGGAUUUUCCUGGAAGUCAUAAUUUUGACCGACCGUGCACAUGGUCCUAUGCCUAAAACAAUUCCAGGGAAGCAGGGCUAACGGUCCGUUUCUCUCUUUCUGGAGUACAAAAGUAUAUAAAUCACACGAACAGAGCCUUUUAACCCCUUAAGGACACAUGACAUGCCUGACAUGUCAUGAUUCCAUUUUAUUCCAGAAGCUUGGUCCUUAAGGGGUUAAAGUGCAUUGGGCAAUGUAUAUUGCAGGAUCCAUAGUCCUGAUGCAGGAGCUUGUGGCAAAUGACCAAACCAAAGGGCGUUUGACACAUAUAGUAAAUCCUAAUGAAAUCCUAGAUAAUAGCAGAUAGAAUCCUGCAGUGCUACCUGAAUGACAGGUGGUAUGAAAACAUUACUGAACCGAAUAAUAAAUAAGGAAGACGCAGGAGCAGAGAGAGACUAGUCUAAAGUCGAAAGGAUAAAUCUGUGCCUUGGAGGGCACAUUGUCAUAUUUAAAUAACUAGUCUAUCCAUUGUACAGCGCUAUGGAAUUUGCUGGCGCUAUAUAAAUAAUAAUAACUGCCCGACAGAUCACCUAAUCUCCAGCAGAUAAAAGAAAGCAGUAUUAGGUGUAAUGAUAAAUCACGGUCUCGGAUCUCUUGCAGGAGACCAGUAUCGCUGCUACUGAUUCAAUAUCACCUCUGCGUCUUCUUUUUUGAUAUAACAAUGUAGUUACUCCCAGAGACCACUCAGGCUGGGAUUCUUUAAAAACCUGUUUAUUUCAGUUCAAUGCUGUGCAUCCUACGUGGCAUAUGUAGGUUUUCCUAUUUAUAAUUAUUGACCUUAUUACUUUGUUACGUUCCCUCACUAAUUCUUUUUUUGUUCACAUAUUUAGGUUUACUUCGUGGUGUGUGUUUAUCUAUGAAUUACCAUUAAAUGUUAUAUUUUAGGAUUUAUUUUUGCUCCUUCUCUGUCCUGUCAUUUUCCUCGAUAUCAAUAGCUUCCAAUGUUUUCUUUAAACAAAAUGUUUGACAGAUAACAUGCAGCAGAUCUGUAGAGAUUUGAUGAUCAGAUGUGUGAACGUUCCAAGUUAUUCUGUUUGUGAUUCUCUGACAGGCUCCAGCGACUCCUUUCCCUGGCCCUGCGACGGGUUCAGUUUUUGGAGACUCAGGUGAGGAAAUUGUUGACUAUAUGCAAAACAGAUAGAAAUCAAUUUGUUUAGAUUGACGGUUUUACGAAUGGCGCAUGUUUGCAUAGACCCAAAAUGUCCCACUUCCAAUUGGUUGGAACAGACACACUUUGCCUUAACUAAUGCAGUGGGAAGAGUCUAAUUAAGGAAUGCACAGAGUUUUAGUGCAUACUGUAUAUAUUAAAACAUUUGAAGAACGGGUCACUGAGCCAAUUCACAAUAGAGGAAUGAUUUGACAUGCUGACACAUGAACCACUCAGGAUUAUUCACUGAAUAAUGAAAUGUAACAGGUCUGAAUAGCAACAUUUAGGCUAAACCAGUCAAACUGUGAUCAUAGCGGAGUUAGAGACUUUUUCCAUAUCCACUAUUUUGGCCUUAAUUGUGCCAUUUAAAUUUCAAUACAUUACAGGCCAGAGUUUAAUGAAUAACUGACUGUGUUAAUAAAACAAGUAUGUGCCAAAUACUGCAAUCCUACAUCACUUAUUAUUAUGAGAUUUCAUGUAAUUCUCUGAUUUCUCUCCCCAGUUACAGCAUUUCAGAAACUGGGAAGGCUUUUCUGCCAAACUUUCGGUGAGUGGAAUUGAUCUUUCCAUAAACUGCACUUCACUUACUUGUGUUUUGUGUCCUUAAUGUUUAUUAAUGUUCUCUCCCUCUGCAGAGCACAGGGCACACCGAUAUAUCACAGAUGUUACACAGAUUAGACCUGGAAAGGUAAGACAAGACACUAUUAUAGCUCUCCAUACCCUGACCAUGCGUGGGAGUUUUACAGUAGGAAGUGUGAUUUAUUACUGAGGAAAUGUCCUUUAUUGAGUUUGUGAGAUCCAUGGGGGCACAAUCUGUAUAAUUCCUUCCCUGCCCAAAACUCGCCUUUCAGUAAUCACUCCUUUUAUUGAGUAAGAGUGAGAGGAAUGCAACACUAACUUUAAAAUUAAAUAUAUUUAGUUAAAGGUAUUCCUUUAUUGUUUUAGAUUCAGCCCCUAUCUUCCCCCAUUUUAAUAAAAAAAAAAAAAAAGUAAAGCCAUUAGACUUACUUGUUAACCAGCGCCAGGACUAGUUCCUCCCUGCAGUUGCUCCACCUUUUAUGAGAUCAUCAGUAUUGAUGAUCUUUUUCCAAUCCAAGGAUUCUCAUAGAGAAGCAUUGAAGACAUUCGCCAUAUGCAUGUAAACGUCUGUCCCCCUAAUCCGAUGGUCUCAUAGAGCUUGGUGGUGUCAUGCUGGGUGCGUAGAUUCCCAAUGUGAGGACAUAAGAAAUUUGGAAGGCUUUCAAUGAGGAAGCACUCUAGAGCAGGGGUUCUCAACCCAGUCCUCAGGACCCCCCCUACCAGUCCAGGAUUUGGGGAUUACCUGGGGGUGUCUCAGGUGUUUAGAAAAAGGGGAAAAAACACCUUAGACUCUAAGGUGUUUUUUUUUCUUUUUCUAAACACCUUAGACACACCCAGGUAGGGGGUCCUGAGGACUAACGUUGAGAACCCCUGCUCUAGAGGAACAGUUUAUGACAAAUGUUGCCAUUUCUCUGGAGGUGGCAGGGUCAAGAAGUAAUGUGGCCAGUGAAUGGACAGCUGGACUGGCCACAUUCUGCUUGUGUAGGUCUUUGAAUUCCACGACUGACCUGUGUCUGGAAGUCGGAGAGCCCUCUCUGUGAUGUUUUGCAUAGUAAUAUGUUUGCUCAUGUUGUUCCAGGGCAGAUGGACACAUUGCAAAUGGCGAAAACAAGGAAGAAACUAAUGAAAACUCGUCAUUCACAGGUACAGAUAUCAUGUUGACAUCGUUGUUAUACAGACUCUGUGAUCAUAUUGUUCUGAGCUUUCUUCAAUACAUUUCAGAGUUGCUUGAAGACACCUCACACAGGUACUAAAGAGGAACCAGUAACAUUCAUGAAGAGGGCUUACUACAAAUGGGGGAAACAUCUUGAAGAACGUGAUUUGUCGAAGUUUAUUUUCAUACAUCCACUCAGGGACGUUGCAGUAGUGAAACAACAAAGUACUAUUCUCAGUAAUCAGGUGGUUUCAUUGUAGUGAGCUUGUGCACAAAGACUUUGCUCUCUGUUUCAGGGUCUAUUGGAUCCCAAAUACACUAAGCAGGUUUAGUUUUUUGUAAAGACCGCCCAAGUGAUAGGUCCUCUUGCAUGGUGGCUCCACAGUGGACAGAGUUACCAAAAUCUCUCCAUUCACCUGCCAACAUCUUUCUAUCUUUAGCUACUGGCAGACAAAGCCACCAGGAGCUGCGUUAACGUUAUGCUAAACCGUGCACCUACCAUAGUUUAUUCAUCCAGUAGUUUAUAUAUAUUGAAGCUAUACACAGUUCUACGUUACAGGUUCUCAUGCUCUCUCAGUUGUAGAGCUGUGCUCCUCUUGUCAUUUCUUUUCUUUAAAAAAAAUAAAAAAAAAAAAUAAUAAAGUGCAGUAUUCUUGACAUUCUUGCUAUAUAUACACACCUUUUUCUUGGCAUUUGAAUUAGGGAAUAGCACUCACCUAACGUUUAAGGGACACACAGCACUCACCUAACGUUUAAGGGCCACACCAGACCCCUUAAGCACUUUAACUUGUUGAAAAGCGUUAUGUGUGCAUAGUAUGUGGUCUUUUUUCCAUUUUGUGGAAAAUUAAAAUUCCAACAUUGAGAAAACGCGUCCAGGGUACUUACAUCACAUGUUUUUCAGGUAGUGGUGUGUGUGGUCUCUCCCUUGUCUGGCAGUAGCAGGUAUUGCGACAAUUUGUUAUUCCUCUCAUUCAUCUGUCCUAUUUUUGCAAAGUUUGUUUCAUUUGCCUGGAUAUCUAUGCUAUUUUUGGCGACAUGUCAUCUGUUUAAUAUAUUUUUCCUACUUGAACCCUCGAGUACCUCUGAGGGCUGCCAUGACAAUCUAAUGACAUUUGUUUAUGGCCUUUUCUUUAUUUUUAUUUUAAAUAUAUCAAUAAAUGUG